UUACAGUGCUGGUAUGUAGUCUUUACCACACCGUCUCAUGCCUGUAGCUCACCAACUCACUAGACCACUAAAGUUAAAAACAUUACCGAAAAGUUUUCACUGGAUAACUGUUUGUCAUAACAUUGCCAGUUGGACAUCUGCAAGCCCACUCGUCAGUCAUUUAGUAAAAAAUAACUAUGUGAUCCAUUCGGAAAAUGAUGCAGUUAGCAGAUCAUACUUUAAAUUGAAUACACUCGGAAAUGUGGUGAUUAAAAACUGGGAAGCAGAAUGGAAAAAAUUUUUACCCUUCGGCAAGAUUCGAAUAAAUGAACUGAAUUUAUCAAGAAUAAAUGGCGAUUGGGAUGACAAAAUUAUGAAAGAAUUCAGGAAAUUGAUUCCACUCCCAAAACACUUUGUUGCUGCUGUGAAUUUUAAAGAAGAAUCCUCAGAUGAAACCAAACGAAAAUUACUGAUUGCACUGUCGAGACAGUCUACAAGUAGUAAAGAAGAGGUUCAAGAAAUCCAAAUUGAACAAAUAAGAUUCAUAAAAAAUUAUUUCAACAAGCCAGCCAGAGUGAAAUUAUGUGGAGGAAAGAAUAAUGACGGUGUCGUUGAACAUCAAAACAUUUUAUAUGAAAGUGACGAUGACACUUUUUGUUUGCAAGAUAUGAGGGAAUAUCCGGAACAGAAAGGCUUGGAAAGUGGGUGUACCAUAUUAUCCUUGGAUUUGCAACAGAUUUUCAGAGCAGUCAUGGCAGAUGCAUAUGGAAUAAGAGAUAAUCAUCAAUAUCUCAAGCUUCAUCCAAAAUUAGCUCCAGUCAAAGUAGUUGUGCUGCAUGAAUGCGAAAGCAGUGACAAGGACUUCACUAUAAUAACACAGCUGACUGAAGAAGUCUGCACUAUGCUAAGGUCAAUAAAUGUCACUUGUUGGAAUGGGAUGUCAAGACAACUGACACUAACUGAUGUAGAUGAACUUGGGGCUCCGUUUUCAAUAAUACUGCCCACUAGCAUAUUCGAAAAUGGAAUACUAUUUUUGAGAAAUUUAAAUACAACAAUCAAGAUGGAAGUCCAUAUGUCUACCCUCAAGGAGAAGCUACUAAAAUAUCUUGGUGCAUCAUAACAAGCAAAAAAGAUUUAAUAUUUUUAUAUUAUUGUUAAACUUCAUUCCCAUACCGUAAAAAUUGCCAAAUAUGAAUUAUAAUAAAACAAUUAUGAUAUAUCAAUAAAUAAUCCACACCUAAGUUCACUCGUCGGUGUCCAACAUUUUCAGCAGCUUUGGUAAACAUCAGCUAAAAGGCUAUGAUAAUGUGUCAAUUAGGUAGGAGUGGAAGGUUAUGGAGACUUGGUCAUUGUGGUCAUUGUUUUACUCCUAGCCAAAGUAGUAAUAAGGACACCGUUUAAUAAAUCCACCUAAAUAAACCUACAAGAGGGAAUAAUCACAGACUACAAAUUUCAUUGACAUUCAGUUAAAACUUUCACAGACUUGAGUUUAUGCCAAUAUUUAGCAACAAGCAUAUCUGAACAGAAUAUUAUAGAUAAAGUUCCUGGGUGGGAUAAUUUUUGCCUAGCAAUAAGUUUAAAUGUGCGAUGGAAGCUAAACCAGCUU